UUGGAUUUUUGGCAUUUGGGCGUUGUUGACGUUUACUGACGAUAUUUUUGACGUUUUUUCACAUUAUAUAGAUUAUUCUCGGAGUUUUUGGAAUUAUGUACCUUUGCGGUUAGAAUGUCUGCUGUUUUGGAUGAUCCUGAAUUGUUCAAGAAGAAUCCUCUGUACAAUAAUCACGAACCCUCAAACUACACGCCUUUCUAUCUGACACUAUUCGUCUGCACAUUAUUGACUAUCGUUUUGGUUGUCUUCAACGUCAUCCUCUGCUGUUUUUCAAAGCAUCGUCACUACUGGAAGGAUAGCAAUACAGGGAAUCGUUGGCUGCUCCCAAUUUGGGUGAAAACACCAGCUGGUCAGCCGCCUCUUGACCUGAAGGAACUGGAGCAUAGAGCAAAUUACUUCAUCGCUCAGCCAGUCUACGAGACAGACGUCCCAGACGAUCACAAUAAGUACAUAGGCUUACAACCUGUCAAGCACCAACAAGAGAGUGAAAUCUAACUCCGAUCAAAAUGUUUCACUUCUACUACCCACCGCUACUUCUACUGGUUACCAUCGUUCUCUUCGUAAUUAUGGCCAUGUUGCGGUAUGGACCGCAAGUCGUGGACAGAUAUUUCAAGAAAGAGCAACAUAGGGUCGAAGACUGGCAGGAGAAAGCUUACGAGCAGCGAGUAUCAUAUGCAUGAAGUCGCCUCCUUUUGAGGAAUAAUCAAUUCCAGAUGUUUGCUUGUGUGAGAAGACUUUCAUAAUUUUCAAGAUUUCCGAUUAGUCAAAAUCAGUUAAAAUCAGACCGAAUUAUUGCUGCUUUUCAACAUAUGGUACUUUUAGGGGUUUGUAAAUGAUUUAGUUAUGCCAGAGCAGUUAGAUACUAACAUGGAUCAUUAAGGUCUAUUUUUAAUUGCCUCAAUCUUAAUUUUUUACUGCGGAAGUAUUUUUCUCAUUUUUUUUUUUAUGAAUAUGUAUUGAUAAUCUUUUAAUUAUAUCUCUCAAAGUGGAAUGAAAACAAGAAUAGGGAAUUACCGCUGAAAACUUUUACUUGAAACUACUGAAAGUCUAAUCGCACAAGCGAUAUUAGAGGAUCAUUGUUGGAAUGAUAUCAUGAAAUAAUUUUACUACAUUAGUUACUGAUUACGAUUAUUAUCAUCUUGGUUUUAACUCAUAAUUUGCAUGAAAUUGUUUUAGAACAAAUUUUUUUAAAUUUAUAUUGACUUAUUCUGAAGUCCUGCAAUAUGAAAGCGUCAACGUAAAGGCUCAAAAACUGCAAUCAUUGUAAUAUAUCUUUUAUAUUUUUGACUCCAAAAUUCUAAAAAAAAAUUCAGUUUUGGUGAUUCUUUGGGGAAAUUUCUCCAACCCUUCAGAGAAAACUUGCCCGAUGAAUACUUGUCUCAACUUUACUCUGCAUCAGUAAAUAUUAGAUGUGGAACAAAGUCAUUUUUUCUGUGUUGUCUCUUCCGAAGACGAAAAUUUACCCAAAUGUGUUCAUUUCAUCACACUGAUAUGCAAUUUUAGAAAAGGGAUAAUAUUCUCAAUACCCACUAUUACCAAGCUGCAAUUUUUCUAUGUGUUCACUGACAAUUAGAUAACUAUUACCAUCAUCAGUCGUCACAGCAAUAUUUAUAUUUCUAAGCUAAAUAGUCUCAAAACUACACCUUAAGUUUCUUGUAUUUGGUUUGAAACGUUGCUGAUAUUUACAUGUAUUUGACGUUAGUUGUAUAUCUGCAGUUCUUGCAAACAGUCUUUUUUAAAACUCUGAAUCUCAAUGAAAAGGAAUAUUGUCUCAAAUUAUGUUUGUAGCCUCUGAAAUUUUUUAUGUGUAUUUAUUCAUUCUUACACUUCGCCUUUCAGUUCUUAUAUAUAACAUGAUUGAUCGACAUAUCUCUCAUGCCUAACAUGUUGACCGCAGCAGUUUUUUAAGUUUCUCGAGCAUGAAGAUCAUGACCAAGAAUUCCCUCAGGGUGCUUUUUCCGGGCUUUUAGCAUGGUUGAACUGGCAUGUGAUUUAUCGCAUCAGUGAAGUAAAAAUCUUGAUCUACAGGUUGAUUCCUUAGCCAAAAUCGGACAAGAUUAUUUACUUCAUUGAUUUGAUAUGUCUCACGCCGGUGAAAAAUUCCCUCAGGGUGACUUUUUCCAGGCUCUUAGUAUGGUUGAACUGGCAUGUGAUUUAUCGCAUCAGUGAAGCAAAAAAUCUUGAUUUAGAUGUAGAUUUUUUAGCCAAGAUCGGACAAGAUUAUUUAUUUCAUAGAUUUGAUAUGUCUCACGCCGGUUCAACGACGACAACAACCCCAUCAAUAAAUCAUCCAAAAUUUUUCUUCAGAAAGUUUAUCGUCUUUCUCUCCGCGACGUAUUGAGUUUUAGAUUCUUGAACUAUUUUCGUAAAAUUUUCGUAAAAUAGGUUACCUUGCAAUUUUUCGGGUAUUAAUUUAUCUGAUUGUUAUUCGGCUCAUGUACAUGCGGAGGUCCAGAUGUUUAGGGUUGUAAUUUAGUAUCUAGAAAUAUUCUGUUGUUGAGGGACUCAUCAUUCAUUUUUUCAUUUUCAUUAAAGCCAUGUGUUUGACAAUGUUUAGUUCUUGGAACUAAACUGAAUUUUUAUCCAUUAAUGCCCAAAAUCAAUCUUGUGAGCACAGCAAGAGAGAGCUCAAUUAUGUAUGUGCAAUACGUUCUUUUGGCAUCAGUGAAUGUGCGUAAAUGUUUUUUACAAAACAGCAUAAUUUAUUACUGUAUCUUCAUUACAUUUUUUUUUAAAUGACCACAAAGUCUUAAUGAUUGGCCCAAAUUUAGUGCAAACUUACCAUAUUACUGACUAUAGAAAAAAAAUUUGCGAACACUGUAGUACUGUGUGCAGGGAUUGGAUGCUGCAAUUUAAUUGAAUAUUGCUACUCAUUGCAAAAUUUUGUUAAUUUUCAGUCGGAAGAUCUAUCACAGCAGCUAAUUAAUUUUAUUGAAUCAAAAACCCAUGAUAGUUGUAGUUUGUGCCAUUAAAUCCUUUGCACCAAGAAAUUAAGGUAGUUUUUCACUUUUACACUUUUUUUAGUUAUAGUAAUACCUCCUCUACUUGAAAUGAGGAUAAUGUUAAAAGUUUAAGUAUUUAUUUUGCAGUCUGUAUCAUACACAAGACUUAGUUUGUUAUCAGAAACAAGACAGUGACGAAGUUAUACCAGGAAGACUUACAAUAUUUUACCACUUAGCUUUCAACUUAAGUAUUUUUUACGAUUCAUCAGCCUUACUCUUUUAUUGUUCAACGCAUAUUAUGUGCCUUUUUUAUGUUUUACAUUUUUAGUAAUGAAAUUAGCAAGAUGAUUAGCUUGAAUGUUUCAAUUAUUGUGAAUCUUCUGCAAAUUUUAAUAAGCAGAAAUGCAAUACAAAUUUUGCUUUAAAUACGCUCUUGCUUUCAAGUUACAGCGAAUACCAAAAGCUUUCAAAUUGAAGCACAUUUCAGCCAUCUCAUGUCAACAAAUAGAUGGUUUGAAGCAAAAAAUAUGUACCAUCAUUGAUAAUGUUCAAAAAUUUCAGAAUAUGUUUUAUUCCUCUUAAAAAAAUUAAUCACAAUUUUUCGUUGAAAUUUUCUGUAAAUGUUUUUCAAUGAAUGAAGAUGAUUCUCAGAAAAUCUCAUGAAGAGCUAUUGAUCAGUUUUAAUUUAAAAAAAAAAAAAAAACAAGCAUGAACAGAGACUUGCAAAGUCACAAUCAUAGAUUUGCUUCGUUUCACUUAGGUAUCAAAAUGUCUUUCCAAACCUUAAAUUAUAGCUGUAACCACUCUCAAGCAGAAUUCAAGGAUUAAUUUGAAUACUCAAUGUGCAAUACCUCUUUUCGAAUAAUUAGCGCUCAUUCGAACAGCUGUAAUGCGAUAUUUUGCAUUUGAAUGACUUUAGCUUAAGUUUAGAGUUUCCAAAAGAGUGCCUUCAUCAAUGAAUCAGGUUUGUGCUAAGAACAAGCAAAACUUUCAUUAUUGCUAAAUUUGCUUUCCUCACAAUGAAGAUUUUUGUCAAUCAUCUUGAGCAAAACGCACAAGCAUUCCUUAAGCAAUCCGUCCUCUACUCCGUCCAAUUUUUUUUUCUUUUGAAACUGAAUCAUACUUAAAGGAUUUCAAUAUUUUUUUACUUUUAUACAAUUUAGUAUUUUUAAGUCUCAUUAUAUUCCAUCAAAAUAUUUUUUCUCCAAUGACUUAUAGCGUAAGAUAUACUUCUGUAGUUUUUGUUGCUUAUUUGUUGAACAGCUUGUGAAUUGAUUUGCAAACUCAGCAAUAAAUGCAAUAAGUGUCUACUACAAA